AUGGCUUCUGAACGGGUGUUAGCUUACUAUAACCCCGAGCUGACGACGAUGGUUACAGCAGACGCGGGUCCUGAGGGCUUAGGCGCUGUGCUGUCGCAAGUACAAGGGAAUGGCGAGGAACGCGUCAUUGCCUAUGCAUCACGUUCACUUUCGAAAGCAGAGUGUAAUUACGCACAGAUUCAAAAAGAAGCUGCGGCCCUUGUUUUCGCGGUGAAAAAAUUUUCACUAUUUUUUAUGGUAGAAUGA